AUGUCUGUUGCAGAGUAUGUUGUUAAGUUUGAAGAAUUGGCUAGAUUUUCUCCACAUGCUCAAUAUGCACCCACAGAAGAAUGGAAGAUAAACCAAUUCGAAUGGGGAUUGAGACCUGAAAUCAGAGGGAACAUAGGCCAUAUGGAGCUUACUAACUAUUCUACUCUUGUACACAAGAGCUACAUUGUUGAAGAUAAUUUAAAGAAGGUACAAGAGGAGAGACAGGUUAAGUGGCAACAAAAGAAAGAGUCUGGAAAAUUUGGUCAACAAUUGAAGGUAAAGACUCCCCAAGGAAAGGGAAAACAAGUGCAGACAUCCAGUUCCCCAAGAGCAAAGAAGUGUCUUAAGUGUGGCAGAGAUCAUGGGGGAAAGUGCUUGGUUGGAAAACAAGUCUGCUACUACUGCAAACAGCCUGGUCAUAUGGCUCCCUUUUGCCUAAUACGCCAAAAACAAGCAGAGUCCAACCCAAACAAGUCUAACACUGGAAGGGUCUGUGCUCUCAGUGCAAAGAAAGCAGCUGGAGGAACAUGAGACAUGAAUAGUAGCAUCAGAAGAUCAGUUCCAAACUCCUGGACAUAGAAUUUGAUCUUUUGUUUUAUGAUGUAAUCAGACAAUCGCAAUUUGUUUUCAAGAUGUAAUAUUUUAUGAAUCUACUAAACAUGUUGUAAACUAUAUUUCUGAAU